UCCUCGCAAUGCGUUCAGCCUUUGGAUUUUAGCACACGGUAACUACAGUCAGCGUCCUGUCGUAGAACGUUUGUACAGAAAACUUAGAAGUUCUCUACACAACUUUUUCAUUUCAUUGAUCAAGUAAUCAUUUGGAACUUUGUUCAAAGAGGACGCAACACAACACGCAACAAGCUAUUUUGCAAAGAUAUCUAAGACGAGCGCAUUUCCAAGUCUCCCGGUUUUGUUUUUUACUUUUUGUAUCGUGGGUUUUUUUGCACCUCACCACAUCUCAGACGAAGAAAAGACUGUUGAACGGACUUAUUUCUGUCUUGAAGUGUGUCCGUUUAAGCCAAACUUUGCAGACAUUUCGUUCGAAGUUGAAGGAGUUUUAACGCGUCAAAGAACUACAUGGACACGCAAACUCAAGUUAGUUAGCGACAGCUAGGUUAGUCAACCAACUUGUUAGCUAACUUUAUUGCGUUGGACUGGCGAGGUAAAAACACAUCAUCGAACAAGAUAUACACAGCCCAUCUCCAUGAGGAAAUCCAACGUCGGAUUUGGAUUUGUUUUGUAGUUAAAUCUCAAGCAAAGCGCUUCUCAUCCCUUGGCAUUGUACUUGUAUAUCUGGGACUUUCAUCAUCGCAAUGAAGUCGACUGUUGCGCUUUCUGUACUUUACAUUUUGGCCGUGAUUUUCGUCUCGGCGAAAGCAGAGUCGAAGACGAAGAACUGCAAUGAUGUGAAAGAAGCGUAUAGUUCCAAGGGUUUCAAUGUCAACGAUGUACCUAACAAAGGGGUUCACGGUGCCCACCUGAAGGUGUGUCCUCAGGGCUACUCCUGCUGCACGCUGGAGAUGGAGGAGAAGCUGAGCCAGCAGAGCCGCUCCGACCUCAAGGAGCCCGUCAGCCGCCUCAGCUCCAACAUGCAGAGCACCUUCACCCAGAGACACCGCCACUUCGACCAGUUCUUCCGUGAGCUGCUGGACAACGCCGAGGGCUCGCUGCACAGCAUGUUCGUGCGCACCUACGGCCAGAUGUACAUGAAGAACGCCGAGCUCUUCAAGCGCUUCUUCCAGCAGCUGCGCCGCUACUACGCGCAGGGCGGCGCCGCCGUCAACCUGGACGCCAUGCUGGCCGAGUUCUGGGCCGAGCUGCUGGAGCGCAUGUUCCGGCUGGUCAACGUCCAGUACGAGUUCAGCGACGCCUACAUGGAGUGCGUGAGCCGCCACACGGAGCAGCUGCGGCCGUUCGGCGACGUGCCCCGGAAGCUGCGCCUGCAGCUCACGCGCGCCUUCAUCGCCGCCCGCACCUUCACCCGCGGCCUGGCGCUCAUGGGCGAGGUGGUCAACAAGGUGUCCGCGGUAAGUGCAUCUCCCAGCUGUGUGCGUGCAGCCAUGAAGAUGAUGUACUGUCCCUACUGCUCUGGCCAGGUGGCCCUCAAGCCCUGCCCCAACUACUGCCUGAAUGUGAUGCGCGGUUGCCUGGCCAACCAGGCCGACCUGGACUUCGAGUGGAACAACUUCCUGGAUUCCAUGUUGAGUCUGGCCGACCGGCUUGAGGGACCCUUCAACUUUGAGUCCGUCAUGGACCCCAUCGACGUGAAGAUCUCUGAUGCCAUCAUGAACAUGCAGGAGAACAGCAUGCAGGUCUCUCAGAAGGUGUUCCAGGGCUGUGGGCAGCCUAAGCCCAGUAAGGCGUUCACUCGCACCAGUCGCUCCAUCAAGGAGACCGGCUUCACCGGACGCUUCCGCCCCUACAGCCCUGACGCCCGGCCCACCACCGCCGCCGGCACCAGCCUGGACAGACUGGUAACGGAUGUGAAGAAGAAGCUGAAGCAUGCCAAGAAGUUCUGGUCCACACUUCCAGACACUGUUUGCGAAGGGGAGAGGGUUGCCAUUGGUGACGAAGAAUGUUGGAACGGCACAGCCAAGAGCAGGUACGAGUCGGUCGUCAUGAACAGUGGCCUGGCCAAUCAGGUGGCCAACCCCGACGUGGAAGUGGACAUCAGCAAGCCUGACGUGGUGAUCCGCCGGCAGAUCGUUGUCCUGAAGGAGAUGACCACCUGGCUGAAGGCAGCGUACAAUGGACACGACAUCUCAUUUGAAAAUGAGGAGGAUGGCGCCAGCGGUGAGGAGAGCGGCAGCGGCUGCGACUCCCCGUCCUGCGACACGGACAUCUACUUCUCCACCCCGGCCCCGGCCAAGCCCGACGUGCGGCGCGUGCACACGGACACGGAGAGCACCAAGGCCGCCGCCCCGGCGGCGCGCGCCAACCUGCUGCUGGCUCUGCUCGGCCUCCUGCUGGUCCUGCUGGAGACGCACUGGAGAUAGACGCCCCGGGUUCACCGCGGGGGGAAAGGGAGAGAGUGAGCGAGAGGAAGAGAGAGGGAUGGAGAGAGAGCAGGAAAAUGAAAAAAAAACUGUCCGAGGACUUGGAAAGACUUGCCUUCCAGACCUCGAUCUGCCUGUUGAUCUGGGGAAGACUCUAAUACUAUAAUACGUUCACUCUUUAAAAUAAACUGUUUUGUUUUUAUUUCUUUUUAAAAAAAAAAAAAAAAAAAAUUCAAGACGAGGACAUUCACGCACAUCUGUGGGAGUCUCUACAGAAUAUCACCUUCCAUCAGCUCUGUCUGUUACAUUUUUUUUGUCCCCCCGCCAUCUUGAACAGGGUUUCUAACUCGUACCCCACAUCACCAGCAGUGUUUGGGCCCUCUGCUCACAUUUUAAUGUUUUUUUAUUGGUGUUUGAGUAAUUAUAUGGGUGUUUGGAGGGGUUGUGUGUUAGUUGUGUGUGUGUGUGUGUGUGUGUGUGUGUGUGUGUGUGGAUGGAUGUGUUUGUAAAUACAUGCAAAAACUUUGUCUCUGAUAAUUAACCUACCCUUGUACUACAUAUAUAGAUCAAUUAAGCAGCAGUGUAGCAAGUAUUCUGUAAUCAGACAUAGCUUUUAUAACCAGGUGUAAGUGUGCCUACGAAUGAGUGGUGUUUGUAUGUGUGUGUUUGUGUGUGUGUGUAUGUUUGUGUGUAUGUGUGUGUAAAUAUUUCAGUACUUGGGUUACCCACAAUCCAUAUUGUCGGGUUAAUGAGAACAUGUAAUUGGCCAAGGUUUGACCACAUACUUUGAUCACAGAAUAGUAAGAGACGCGACUAAAGAAGCUUGUGGUGAAGAAAAGGGCCAGGGGUAAAGAAGGCCCUGGUCUCCACGCCGGGCUGGUUCAGAAGGAGGGGAUCGCUCCGAGAAGCAUGGGCAGGUUUUGUGCUUUUAAUUCUCCCCCCUGAUCAUCUGAGUUGGUGUGCUUGAGCUGCACCAUAUCCCUCUGCCUCAGUUGAUCUCCGUACGGCCCCCGCCCCGCCCCACCCCCACACCCCACCUUCCCUCCCACCCACAGAAAGCUAAGCUAAUGGCACCCGGUCCACAACACUGCCAGCACACUCUGGCACAAUGGCCCAAUCAGUUGACCUUUCACACUGGAAGUGUCUCAUGAUGGUCGCCAUGUUGGCAGAGAAGUGAUCCUGGCAGAGUUGUGUCGUUAGUGUAUGCUGGCCAUGAGCUGAGGAAGGCAGCCAGGGCUAAGUGUGCAUUGUUUUAAAUUGAGGACUGUGAUGACCCUCUGAGCAUGGGAGGUGGGAGUAACACAGGGUUUUAUGUGGAGGAUGUGUUUUAUUGUUUCUAUUUUGUUAGUAAUUGUUUUAAGGUAUAAAUAUAUAUAUACUGUAUAUAUAUAUAUAUUUAGGUACAGCAGCAAGUUGUAUGACUAGUUCCAUUGCGACAGCUAAUGUUGGUAUAGGAGUGGUCAGUGCAAUUUUUUGUUUUCUUUUUUAAAAGAAAUAAUUUGUCUGCAUCACCAUGCAAAGUUACCUCUCACCUUCAGUUCUUAAUCAGCAUGUUUGUGAAUUCUGUGCACCCCUCAUAUCCUGCUGUUGCCUUAAUCUCAAAUUACGUCUGAACUUUUUUUUUAUGUACCCAAAAACAUGCCAUCGGUACGUUUCUCAGCCACUGGAUGGUAGUGGUGGAUCUAAAAAUGGUGUCCUUAGAUAUUGAACUUUGACCCAGAUAUUCAACCCUUACUGAAUCGUUUAGUUUUCAGAAGAAUAACCAGUGUUACUUUCUCUGUUAUGGUUUGUUUCCCAUUUGUCACAAGAAAAUAUUCCACCCUGUGCUUUUGUACAGUAAAUUAUUUAAUUGCAUGUUUCUUGAAAGGCAUUUAUGAACACACCUUCAAAGAUGUCUGUCAUAGGUAUCUAAAUACAGUAUUCAAAAAGUAUAUUUAUAUCUAUAGAUGGAAUGCCAUUUCUAAUGAUUUCAUAAAUUACCUGAUGGGGUUUGUAUUGGCUUGGGGUAUUAUGUUUUAUAAAACAUCUGAUUCUGUAAGACAGAGCAGUGCAUUCUGUUUUAACCCUGGAGUAGGCUAUGGUGAUUGAGAGCUCUGUAGAGGUGAUGUUAGGACUGGGCUGGCCACUGAAAUCCUUGACUGAACUUCAUUUUAAUCUAUGUGAGAUGCACUUUCCUUUUGGCAUUUUACAUUUCAAUGCAACUGGACAAUUUCACAAGAUGUCUUUAGCUGCAAGACAGGUCUCUGUUAACAGCAAUGUAAUCUUUAAAAAAAAAAAAAAGAAAAAGAACUAAGAAGCAAUGUACUAUCUGAUUUCCCUCAAGGAUUCUAGAAUGCCAGCCCUGAGUCUUUCAAGUCUGUGAUGACGCUGAAGGCUAAAGGAAGUCCAGCAUUGAGUGAGGCGUAGAAAAGCUUGCGCUGUCCUUUCAUUGCUUUAGCAUUUCCUGAAAUUAGCAUUGCUGCCAACACUGAGGGAAUGUAUGAAUCCUGCAUUGAAAUGCAGUCCUCAUAUGUCUGUAGCUUUUCCAAUUACUGCAUCUUUGCUAAUUGUGAUAUGUGUGAGUCUGUUAAAGUACAGAUAUCCAAAUUCCUUCUGUCAUUAUCAAAGAUGUAGGGAAGUUGGUGUCACAGACAUUAAAAGGCUAUACAUGUCAAAGCCAGAUUCCUUAAAUUACUGGCAUCAUGGACACUUGAAAUGACUGGGGAAUUCCAUUUCUGGUCCACAGUACACCUUAACCCCAUGAGGUACUGGAUUUUAGUGGAACUAUAAUGAUCACUUGCUGCCAGUGGUCCACACAAGUCAUCUCCAGUGAGGAUUAGAAACAACAGAAAUAAUUGUUGAAGUGUAAAUAAUGUGCAGCCAUUUUAGAUGUCUCUGAAAGAGGUCAUAACAGUUCAUCAAAUUUGUACUUUUUCAGAGUAAAUGUUUUGGAACGAACAAGAUGAGAUAGAACCUAAAAUGUAAAUGAAAAAGUAUAUUAAACAUUUUCUAGUCUUGUUGAAAUAAAGACUGCAGAUAUUUAAA